AUGGCUGCCCUGCUUGCCUCGCUGCCGCUGGUCGGCCGCCUCAUCGCGAGCGCCAGUCCGGCCGUUCAGCUGGUUCCAGUCGAGGUCCAUGCCGUCGAGACCGCACCCGAGCGCCGGCCUCGCACGCUCAAGCAUCUCUUGCGGGCCAACCAUGUCAACCAUGCGCUCGUCUACCACGGCAGCCUGCGUCGCUACAACCACAUGCCCCAUGCCCUCUGCUCGGCCUAUCUGCUGGGCGCCUCGUCCGAACAGCUCAACGCCAUCUACGACGUCCUCUCGCGCCAGCUCGAGCCCUGGACCGAGUCGCCCGCCGAGAUCUCCGACCUCGAUUGGCGCGACUUUCUCGGCGACCGCCCGUACCAGCGGGCCUACGUCGACUUCUUCGAGGACGUCUACGCCUCCCACGACGUCGCCUACGACUGGAAGGUCGUCGUCAACAAGUACCUCUUUGCUGGACCGGACCCGCUGGUCAGCAACCUUAUCAGUGGCCUCGGCCACCCACUCAUCCACCUCGCCUACGCCUUUGAGGUGGACAGCCGCAUCAUCGCCAUCGAAGCGCUGGCCAUGUCCUCUGUCUCGUACGACUUUCUGCAUCGCUACGUCGACGAGCCGGCCUACAGCCGGUCUGCACCGCCGAGUCUUGCCGUCGACGGCGCCUCGCUCCAGGCCCUGCUGGCCCGCGUCGCCCGAGACAGCCGAUUUGACGGCCUGACAUCACCGAAUCCCAGCGCAGCAGCACUGCUCUCCGCCAAGGUGGUCAAAGCGGAUGCCAUGGCCGAGGCGACGGCUGAGGCGACGGCCGAGGCCCACGCCGGCUUCGGCGAGUUGCUGGAAGCACUCUUCGCGACGCCGGCCGUCGAGGACGCCCUGCUCGAGUACUGGAAUGCCUGGAACGUCGGUGGUGGCGACCUCACGCGCCAGUUCCGAGACCUCCAGGAGGUCGCCGUGGCCCUGCUCGUGGCCACGGUGCCGCCCAGCACCCACACCUAUAACUUCUUCUUGUGCCAGGUCCUGACUACCAGCCAUGCCGCCCGUGUGCUGUUGCCACAUCUCCCCGCCCGCUACCACGCAACGCUACUGCGUCAGUGGUGGCUGCUGACGCUGGCCGUGUAUGUUUCUGUCCGGCGGCCGCCAAUAGACCUGGAGAACGUGCCGGCCGACCGCGAUGGCCGCGGCUGGACGCAUGUGGAAGAGCAGGUGCUGACAUCGCGGUGGAGCACGGAUGCGCACUAUAUCAAAGCUUUCAUCUGGGCCUUCAUCAAGCAGAUGGCCAAAGCUCCCGAAUCACAGCCGGACGGCCUGGAUACAUGGUGCGAAGGCAACCAUGCAACUGUCGAUAUCUGCUUUGUGCACGGCCUGGGAGGAAAGCGAAACAGCACCUGGACAGCGUACGGACAAACCACGCCCUGGCCAAAGGAGCUGCUCCAACAUGCGUUUCCCCGCGCCUGCAUCCUGACGUUUGGUUACGGCGCACGCGUCACACACAAAUUAAACAGUUUGGAGGCUGUUUCGGCAAAUCGUGCAACCGACCAUGCCUUGAACCUCUUGCAAGACCUGUCCAACAACCGGGCCGAACGCGGCGCAUCCUCUCGUCCCUUGUUCUUUGUCGCACACAGCCUCGGCGGCAUCAUCUGCAAACUUGCCCUGCUCUUGUCACGCCACCACAACGACGACCGUGUGCGCAGAGUCUUUCACUGCAUCAAGGGCAUUGCGUUCAUGGGCACGCCGCACAAAGGAUCAACAAUAGCAAGCUGGGCAAAGGUGCCUGCUUACGUGCUCGGAUUCUUCAAGUCGACAAACACGUCCCUGUUAGACUUGCUGAGACUCGACAGCCAAAUGCUCGAGCUGACCCAUAUCCAAUUCUUGAACCUGCUGCGCGAAUUUGACCAAGGGCGCAGGUCUCUCGAGAUUACCUGCUUCUUUGAGGAGCUUCCGUUGUUCCCGUAUGGACAUAUUGUCGCCAAACCGGCUGCUGUCAUAGACGGCUACAAAUGCAUCAGCAUUCGCGCCCACCACCGGGGCAUGGUGCGCUUUAGCUCGGCGGAUGACGAAGGCUACAAGAGGCUGGUCGACGAGCUGAAGAUGUGGGUGCUGAGAUCGAGGCCUUGGCCCUUUGCAGUACCCGACUUGUUGCGUCACCGUGUUGUGACUUAG